AUGAAAGAAUAUAGUGUGAAUGUCGUUCAAAUGAAGAUAAUUGUUUUUUUAAUAAUAAUAUUUAUAGUCAAAAUACCUCCUGAUGAAUACGAAUGGCAAGAACAUUAAUUACUGAAGAAAAAAGGAAAAUAGUGA